UCAUCAUCAUCAGAAACAGGAUUUCCUACUUGACUACAAUUGGCAUUGAUAUUUCUAAGGAAAGAUAAAUUUGGUGUGUGGCAACUCUGAGUGAGUUAGCCAUAUUUGUAUACAAUUAGGGGAAAAGGAGUUAGUAGGAAAUUGUCAGACCCUAACCCCCACCUACCCCAGCAGUGGAGUUGUGGGGUGUAGAUUUUCUAUCUAUGAUAACUCUGUUGCCACUUUCACUCUAGGAGUUUUUCAUUUCCUUACUGAAAGGGUGGCAGAUACCAAAUACUGAGUUUUUUUAUACAAAUAAAGUAUCAACUAAUUUCAUAUCAUUCUAAUCCAUACCUUUUUUUAAGACCAUUGUUGUACUUAAGAAAAUAGCUUCCCUCCAAAAAACGUCUUCAAUUGUAGUAUUUGCCAAUUUCCAUAGUGUGCGUGUUCCUGACACUGCUAAUUAUAAGUUGUCAGCAUGAAAUCACUGAAUACAGAGUUGUAAAGAGGUGAGCACAAUUGCUCACAACAGUGUAAACUAGUUCCACUGCACUUCUGGGUCAAGAGAAAGUUCAUGUUUUGACAGUGUAGAGUAGGAUGAUUGACAACAACACUUACAAGCAAAUGCAAUAGAGGGAAAGUACAGCCAGGAUUCUCAUAAGAUUUUCAUUUAACAGACUGCAUAGAUGAUGGUGAUUCCAUAAGAUUGCGCCAUCUAGUAUUGUCACAGCCAUCAGUUUGUGUAAUCACACUCUGUGAUGUUCAUACAAUGAUGAGAUCAGUUAUCAAAGCAUUUUUUCAGAACCUAUGCCUAUUGUUAAGCCCUGCAUGACAGUAUUUUGUCCUCAGAGUAAGUAAGAUCUUUCAGAUAUACUUGGCCCACAGGAUUCAUCCAGAAAGUGAGUUAAUGUCAGGGUUUUUGAACAGUGUAUUUCAAUGCCAUCUUUCUACCCUCUCCAGUCAUACUUAGAAGAGAAGUCUUUUCCCAGCCUCUUGUUCUCCAAGCACAUUUCUCUAAUCAUUUCCCAAUUAUUAAAUACUUUGUUAACCAACAGUUUAGAGAUUGGUCAUGGAUAUGAUGUCUAGAUUUAUAAAAACGUCUUCUUCCUUUUCUUCCUACCCUAUCUUCAUCUGCCUUCUGUGGCACUCUUUUUUCCUUUUUUGUUCCCCUACUUUCUUCACAAGUAUUUUCUAUCAUCUUUUGUAUUCCUAACUACCCCAUGAGGUCAUCAGAACAGGUAACGGUAUCCAUGAUUUGCAAAAACAGUAAAGUACAAAAUACUGCACUUGUAUAAAUCUGUCAUGAUAUUCCCUUCAGUCUUAAUUUGAUAUUUUGUGAUUUUGAAUAUUUUCAUAUUUUGUGAUAUUUCCUGUUGAUUUAACCAGUGACCACCUUUCCUUUGCUGUAAUGAACUUAAUUUGAUUCUCCCCCUAUUGUUUUGAAAACUGUAUCAUACUAUGUCUAGGAAAUUGCAUUAGAGUACCAUAAAUACAUUUCUGAGAACUUUUAAUUAAGCAAUGAUACCUAGAACCUUUCAUCAUAGUUAAGCCCCUGGAGAUGAUAUAACAGCAUUAUCUUGGGAAGUCAUUCUGUUUUCAGCUGCUCAUCGCUGGAGCAAGCAGAAUUCUGUUAUGAACCAUUUUUGAACUGUUAAAGUAUUACCAGUUGAUGAUUUUUUUCAAUAUAGUGGAUUUAAAAAAAAAAAAAAAACAAGAGGUCUUUUUCUUAACGGCCCCUCAAAAGUGUUCUGGAAGCCUAAUGAGCCAAGCUGAAGAGAAAAGGUAUUUGAAAUACUGAUUUGGCAUUUACCAUGAAGCUCUCUGCAGACGUGCUUGAGAUCAUCGCUUGUGCCAUUCUCAUCCUUGUCAGCUUUGUGGGAAACACUUGUUUAUUUUAUUCUACAAGGAAGUGCAUCUCUGGAUGUUUGAAGACAUCAUUUCUUCUCAUUUUCAGUCUUGUAUUUGUCCACCUUAUAAAAAACUUGGUGGUCAAUGUCAUGAAAAUUGUGUAUUCUUCUGGUAUCGUGCUGGAUUCAGCUGGCUGCAAAGUUCUGCACUUCACUGCAGCCCUGACAACUUCACUGGCCAUCUGGUUCCUGUUACACUUUGCAUUGUUCUACCACCGGAAGCUCUACCACAUUGUCUACUGCUCCAGUGAGGCUGCAAACCUGGACCAACAGAAACAUUCCCUGAAGCGGGUCUCUGCACUUUGGGUGGCUGGUGUGGCAGUGUACAUCCCAGUUUUAAUUUAUACUAGGAAAUCAGAAUACCUGAACACAGGAAACGAUACAGACUCCUUGUCGACUAACAGGAUUUACAUGGAUUGCUUAAUUGGCUUUGGAAACAAGCAGGUAGAGUUUUACUAUGGGAAAAUAUUUUUAGUUCUGAUUGAUAUUCUUCCCUUAGCUAUCUUAGUCUUUGUCUGUUUCUGGAUGUCUUUCCUCCUCUCAGAGAAAAAGAAGAUGACAUAUGGUGACAUCUGGAUUGGAGAUGAUGAUUCAGAAACUGAAAUUCUUAGAGGGGCCAAGUUCAGUAUUUUAUUAAUGUUGCUGAUCACUCCACUUUGGAUUUCUCACUUUGUCUUAGUCUAUUUCUUGAAAGACUUGGCAGCCUAUGUCUUUAUUCCAGCUGUUCUCACAGCCCUCUCUUCAGGCUUCUCUGCUCUCAGUCCUUUCCUGCUUAUGUUGGUUAAUUAUAAAAUGAAGUUGGUGUCUUUCUGUAACGCCAAGGAGGAAACACCCGCACCACAGUCUGUGAAUGUUACUCUUUCUCCAUAUGCUUAAUAGCCAAGAACUCAAUUUUAAUCCCCGGAAAACAGGCCUUGUGUCUGGAGGGUGCAGCUAAAGUUUUCAUAGCCCUUAUUAAAUAACAGUUUCUGAAAGGACUGCUAGAGAAUUGACUCAUCUCCAAAAUAGACUAACGAGGGAAACUGCUAGAGGAAGACAUAAGAUGGCUAAGUUACUGCCUAUAGAAGAAAAAUAAUCAUCACACUAUUUUUUAUUUAGGAUAAUACCAAGACUUUUUAUGUAGCAAUUCUAAAGUAACAACAGUCACAGUCUGGAAAUGAACUCAAAAUAAACACUAUAUUAAGUA